UCUUCAUCUUCUUCUUCCUUCACCUUUAAAAACGACGUCGUAUUAGUUUUGAGUGUUUUUGUUUCCUUUUUAACGAGGUUCUUGUUCAGUUCAGGUACUCUAUUGACCGUUCUUAUAUGAUAUUUUUGUCUUAGUAUUUUCUAGAAUUUAUAAACCACUAAAACAUUUGUCUCUAAAUCAAAAAAACUCAGUCUUUGAAUUUCGAAAACCCUAAUUUUGAUUUUUUUUUUUUUCUAAUUCGGAACUUCGAAACAAGGGGUUUCCAUGGAAACCCAAUUUCAAUCUCCACCUACUCUCCCUCUUUUCCUCGGUUUCUUCCUCAUCAUCUACCUCUCAGCCCAGUUCGUCGUCUUCCGUAAUUGGAGCCCAAAGAUCCGACCCGAAGCUUCCAGUUGUUUAAUCUCAUUCUUUCACGGUACGCCGGCGGUUUUCUUAGCCGCCGGUGCCAUAUUUGCCGACGCGAACCGUGGCUUCGCUUCCCCUAAUACCGAGUUUCAGAACCUUGUUCUUGAUUACAGCAUAGCUUAUUUUCUUAUGGAUCUUCUUCACUACGUCAUCUUCGUUCCCGGUGACAUUCUCUUCAUCGGUCACCACUUGGCCACUCUCUUCGUGUUCGUCACGUGCCGGUACCUCGUCUCUCACGGCGCCUUCGCCAUUCUCUUCCUCCUCAUCCUCGCAGAGAUCACCAGCUUUUGUCAGAACACGUGGACCCUCGCCAACGCUCGAAGAAGCGACGUUGAAUUCGCAGCCAAACUGUAUGAUCUAUUGUCUCCUCCUUUUUACGUUUUGUACUCUCUCGUUCGUGGUUUCGCCGGGCCUUACUUUCUUUACAAAAUGGGCGUUUUUUACUUGAGUGGCGCCGCCGAUGGCGUGAUUCCCAGGUGGGUUUGUGUUUCUUGGGUUGCUGUGGUGCUUACAGCCAUUUCAGUCAGUAUUCUUUGGAUAACAAAUCUUUGGGUUGAGCUAUACAGAGUAAGAAGUGGGAAAUUGGAGAAGAAAAGUAUAUAAAAGUGAAUGAAUGAAGCCUUUAAUCAUUUCAAGCUCUGCAUUUUGGUUCAGCUUCAAUAAAGCUUUUUGCAUUGCAACAAUGUCAAUUGGGGUAUUUCUGUAUACUGAAUUAGAAUCAUGGGUUUAGAAGUUAGAAUUGAUUUAAGUAUCAAAUUUGCAGUUUAGCUUUGUCUUUUUUUGUACUUUGGUGGAAAUAUUGAAUGUAUAUGUCAGAAAAAGCAUUUUGCUUUACUAAA